UCCCGCCCGCCGAGGAGGCGCGUUUUCUAGACAGGCAGCGCCUUGGCCACCUGGCAGGGCUGGGUCGCCUAGCAACGGCGGGGUCCUUCCUGGCUCGGCGGCGCUCGGGGCCUGAGGGGAGAAAGCGGCCGCGGAGGGCGCCGGGGCCCGGUGGCGGCGGCGGCGCAAGAGGCGGCAACCGGACGGCGGCGCGGGGUUGGCGCGCCCCGGAAUCCGGCCUCUGCACUUGAGAGGAGAUGAGCUCGGCCGACAAGGCCCGGGUGGGGCCCGCGGCCGACGGGCUUGCGCCGCCGGAGGAGGAGGAGGGCGAGGGGGGCGGCGAGGCGGGCGGGAAGGAGCCAGCGGCAGACGCGGCCCCCGGGCCCAGUGCCGCGUUCCGGUUCCUGGUGAGUCGGCGGGAGCCGGCCGUGAAGCUGCAGUAUGCGGUGAGCGGCUUGGAGCCGCUGGCCUGGUCCGAGGACCACCGCGUGUCCGUGUCCACGGCCCGGAGCAUCGCUGUGCUGGAGCUCAUCUGCGACGUGCACAACCCGGGCCAGGACCUGGUUAUCCACCGCACCUCGGUGCCCGCUCCUCUCAACAGCUGCCUCCUCAAAGUCGGCUCAAAAGCAGAGGUUGCUGAGUGUAAGGAGAAAUUUGCCACCUCCAAAGACCCCACCGUCAGUCAGACUUUCAUGUUGGAUAGGGUGUUCAACCCUGAGGGGAAGGCCUUGCCACCGAUGAGAGGAUUCAAGUACACCAGCUGGUCCCCCAUGGGUUGCGAUGCAAAUGGCCGAUGCCUCUUGGCAGCACUGACCAUGGACAACCGCCUGACCAUCCAGGCUAACCUCAACAGACUGCAGUGGGUCCAGCUGGUUGAUCUGACUGAGAUUUACGGAGAGCGACUCUAUGAGACCAGUUACAGGCUCUCUAAAAAUGAGGCUCCAGAGGGGAAUCUCGGGGACUUCGCGGAGUUCCAGAGGAGGCACAGCAUGCAGACACCCGUCAGGAUGGAGUGGUCGGGCGUCUGCACCACGCAGCAAGUCAAGCACAACAACGAGUGUCGGGAUGUGGGCAGUGUGCUCUUGGCGGUCCUCUUUGAGAACGGCAACAUUGCUGUGUGGCAGUUUCAGCUGCCCUUUGUAGGGAAGGAAUCCAUCUCUUCGUGCAACACGAUUGAGUCAGGAAUCAACUCUCCUAGUGUUUUGUUUUGGUGGGAAUAUGAGCACAAUAACCGGAAAAUGAGCGGCCUUAUCGUGGGGAGCGCUUUCGGACCUGUGAAAAUCCUUCCUGUCAAUCUCAAAGCAGUUAAAGGCUAUUUCACCUUAAGGCAGCCCGUUGUCUUGUGGAAAGAAAUGGACCAGUUGCCCGUGCACAGCAUUAAAUGUGUUCCGCUCUACCACCCGUACCAGAAGUGCAGCUGUAGCUUAGUGGUGGCUGCGAGGGGAUCCUACGUGUUUUGGUGUCUUCUCCUGAUCUCCAAAGCAGGUCUCAAUGUCCACAAUUCCCACGUCACGGGCCUUCACUCACUGCCGAUCGUCUCCAUGACCGCAGACAAGCAGAAUGGAACCGUAUAUACCUGUUCCAGCGACGGGAAGGUGAGGCAGCUGAUUCCCAUUUUCACCGAUGUCGCAUUAAAGUUUGAACACCAGUUAAUUAAACUCUCAGAUGUGUUCGGCUCGGUGAGGACACACGGGAUAGCAGUGAGCCCCUGCGGCGCAUACCUGGCUGUCAUCACCACCGAGGGCAUGGUCAACGGCCUCCACCCCGUGAACAAGAACCACCAGGUCCAGUUUGUUACUCUCAAAACCUUUGAAGAGGCAGCUGCUCAGCUCUUGGAAUCUUCCGUUCAAAAUCUCUUCAAGCAGGUGGAUUUAAUAGAUCUUGUGCGCUGGAAGAUUUUAAAGGAUAAACAUAUCCCUCAGUUUUUACAAGAAGCUUUGGAAAAAAAGAUUGAAAGCAGCGGAGCCACCUAUUUUUGGCGUUUCAAACUCUUCCUCCUGAGGAUUUUAUAUCAGUCCAUGCAGAAAACCCCUUCAGAAGCAUUAUGGAAGCCCACCCACGAGGACUCCAAGAUCUCAUUGGUUGACUCCCCCGGGACGGGCAAUGCCGAGGAAGAACAGCAGGAGGAAGGCACGUCUUCCAAACAGGCGAACCGGCAGGGCCUGCAGGACAGGAGCAGAGAGGGCGAUGCGGAGGACCCCGCCGACGACCCCCUGACCCAGGCCGGAGACGCCGGGGGCCGUGAGCCGAUGGAAGAGAAGCUCCUGGAGAUCCAAGGGAAGAUCGAAGCUGUGGAAAUGCACUUGACCAGGGAGCACAUGAAGCGGGUCUUAGGGGAGGUGUACCUGCAUACCUGGAUCACAGAAAACACUAGCAUCCCCACUCGAGGCCUCUGUAACUUCCUGAUGUCUGACGAGGAGUGUGAUGACCGAACGGCACGGGUGCUGAUUGGACACAUCUCGAAGAAGAUGAACAAACAGACUUUCCCUGAGCACUGUAGUCUGUGCAAAGAGAUCUUGCCAUUCACAGAUCGCAAACAGGCUGUCUGCUCCAAUGGCCACAUCUGGCUCCGGUGCUUUUUAACCUACCAGUCCUGCCAGAGCUUGAUAUACAGACGGUGUUUGCUCCACGACAGCAUCGCCCGCCAUCCAGCUCCGGACGAUCCGGACUGGAUUAAGAGGUUACUGCAGAGCCCCUGCCCUUUCUGCGAUUCUCCAGUCUUCUGAGCGGCGGCGGGGGCGCUGGGACGGGCGCGCUCGGUCACGGACGACACCCUCGGGCUGAGGACGUGGGAUGUGCUGGCUGAGCCUGGGCUUCGCGCCGGCCGGCCUCUUCGGGAGCAGAACCAGGGCCCUGGGAACUCCUUUCUGAAGUACCGUCUUGUCUCCAGGGACUACGGGAUAGCUCUGAAACGGCCGAGCGCAGAGGCUGUGAGUCACUGUGAGAGGAGCGCCGGCCCCCACUCCCCACCCGGUGAGGAACACUUACUGUUCAAGUGUUUUGACUGAAGCAACUUGAACAGAAAGAACGCCCUGUCAUUUCUGGGAACAGAAUGAUCUCUUCUGGAGGGUUGGGGUAAGGGCCUUGCUGGACCGAGUUGGGCUUUAAUGCCUGCCUUGGACUGGAACCGCCCCACGGCCCCGCAGAGCGUGGACCACUGGCCCGGGGUGUCGUGCGCCGGCAGACGCGGCGCGUGUCCGAAACGGCGCUUGACCCCGAUCCUUUGUUCCCACAAACAGCCACAGAUCUGUAUCCCACGGAUUCUCGUCUCUGCUGCGUACUGAACACAUUGUCAUAAAACGGUAUUUUUAAGAGGUCGAGGCCAAGACUAAAGUUGGUUUUGAUGUGUCAGAAGAUCAGGUGAUUCCUGUAAGUAAAUAACGGCGACUUAUUUUUGACGAGCUCCCGCGUGAUGGAUCCCCAGUCCUGACUCCUUAACAUGUCAAGGAGGUCGGGAAUUCCUCUCCACCCAUGUCACCUUCCUGCUUCUGACUGUCGUAGCCCAGAUGAGAUAUUUGUACACAGAAGAAAAAGAAUAUUUUGUCCUUUAAACUUUUAGUGUUUUUAAUGUUGACAUGUCCAGACAUUUCAGUUGUAUCCACUAUAAGAAUGUGCAGGCCAUCUAGAGACUUCCAGAAAACUCACAGAAAGUGACGGGCAGCCCCGGCGUGCAGGUGCUUGUGCUCCAGUGCUUGUGCUCGUGUGGCUUUGUGGAUGAGAGCCCGGGAAUUUCUUCCCAGCAAGGGUCCCUGAUACUUAGAAUGUAGCUCUUUUUCCUGUGGGCUGUUCAGAGGAGACGUUAGGCAUUAAUUGGUCUUAAAAUCUAAAAUUAAAAAUGGACAUUCGGGAAUUACAGUGUUCUUGGAUUGCGAAAAUAGCGUCCUAGAGCUUGGUGCUAAGCAACAGGACUGUGCUGCCCGCGUGUGGAAAUGGUACGUCCUUCUGGGAAGUAGGAAGGAAGUACAAAAUGGGAGAUUCUCACUCCGCUUACAUGAUGGCUAUUUCGCCUUUAUUCUAACACUUGCUCCUGCCUCUGUCGUGAUUCCUCAGUGAAGGACUGCUUGCCCUUGCUUUAGAAACACUGGCGCUGUGCCCCCCCCCAGCACCUCCUCCCCGCCACAGGCACCGGCGCCCAGAGCCCUUCAGAGGUGCCUCCAAGCGGCCUGCCCUGAAAUGGCUUCUGUUUCCUGUUCAGAUUGUGUCUUGUCUCCUGUGUUUAAUUCUGUCUUUGCUGGAGUCUUCUGCUUCGCUUUCUCUUCUUGGUCAUUUCAAGAAUAGUGUUGAUUCAGAUACGGGGGCCCGCACGUUGAAUUGGUUUUCCAGAAAGAGAAGCAGGCGGCACGGGGAUCGCAAGCUGCACAGCUCAGACAUCACGUGGCCCGUCGCUGUCUCAAGUCCUGGGGACCACGGCUGCUUAGUUUCACUUACUCUUUGUUCCUUAUCAGGGUCAGUGUUUGAGUUGUUCUUACGGGGAAUUUUGUGCCGCUGCCAUUUAAAACUUACAUUAAGUUUUCAUUUAAAGCAGUUGUACGUUUUGGGGCAGAUGGACCUCUUGGGAGUUAACUAAAAGGGUCUCCCGAAUUACUGUAUAUUCUCUGUAGGAAUAAACAUGGCAACUGUUUUACUAGAACGUGACUUCUCUCUGCCCGGGGGUAGGCAUUCUGCAGACUCUAAAAUUCACCCACCACCUCAGCCUGAAUUUCCGUGCCUGGAGCAGGGAGGCACCCCCUCCCCGCGCCCGCACGCCCCCCUCGUGCAUGGCCGCAUCGCGCACACAGCUGGCUUCUGCUCGCACGAAGGGUUGUUGUACCUGCCGACAGAGAGCCAGUCAGUGGGACUUGGGGAAAGCAGGGCUGACACCCAGAAUCUUCCAGCCCACUGGCUCUCCUGGCUUACACCGUCAUGCCCUCCAUGCUUCCUAGAAUGGCCCGAUCCGUUUCGUGGAUUUCAGGUUUAUCUCGGCUGUCGCCCUAAGAACUGGGUGAGAAGCGGCAGAGAUGGGGGAGGCCGUGUUGCCGCGCUGCCCGGGAGUCAGGCGCGAAGACCCGAUGCAAUUAGACCUUUCCAGCUACAGCACGCUUGCGUGCCGGGAGUCUGAUACCCACACCUGUAUCCCGCGCUCUCUGCCUGCGGUUAAUUUGUCCCCGUUACUCCAGAUAAGAAAUGGAUAGCUUGUUACGCUUGAUACUCAUUCCGAAACCCUCAUGUGCCCAGCACCCAGACUUCAAGCCGUCUCUGCCUACUAUCACAUCUGCCAAAGCUACCAAUUAUUUUUCAGCGUCAGGAGUUAUUAGAACUGCUGGCGAAGCUUGUGGCUGAGUGUGACAUCUUUCUGCUUCUAAGAGAACGUGGAAGCAUGUGGGUUGGACCUAUUCGCGAGUGCCAGGGGUUAAUUAGGUGAAAGGAACGUUAAAAGGUGAUAACUAGAUAGAAAGAUAUUUUCUGUUGUAAUUACACCGCUGUCAGCUAAGAAGCAGAAGUUGGUGCUUAUUGGUGCUUGUCAGGGGGCGCGCGCGGGUUUCACAAAACCCCUGCUCCCCGGCAGCCCCCCUCGCAGCUGAAGAGGAACUGCCCCGCUUUGCUGAGUUGCCGCGGCUCCGGGAAUGAAACCCGGAUCUCCGGCCCCCGCCUGCGGGCUCUGUUCAGCCUGCUCGCCCCUGGCCCCUCUGCUCUCGCGCUUUUCCUUCCUGGUGAGUCCUCCUACUUUCCCUUCCUCUUGUUUUCUCAGCUUCAGGACACGCCCAGAGCCAGCAGAUUUCACCUUUGAAAGGACAAUAGAUCAGUGAUAAGUUUUCUAAAAAUUACCUCACACAGUAGGUCUCCUUCCUAGAAGAGACGAUAGCACAUAGUGAUUUUUCUCUCUAACGGUAAUAGUGUUGGCUUUUAACUUGGUAAAUUAUAUCUGGUUUUCUUCAAGACUUCAUUAUUUCCCUGGCAGAGUGCUGAGUAACUCUUGGCUGGCCUUUGGGGCUAGAGUCUGCUAAAUUUUAGCCCCUUGCCACUACCCGCUGCCCUAUGCCAACUUGUUCCUGACGAACAGAAAUGCUGGCUAAGUCAGCUGGCCUGUAUUUUUGUUUUGUUUCCUUUUUUUAGAUUUUUUAAAAAUUUAUUUGACAGGUCACAAGUAGGCAGAGAGGCAGGCAGAGGGGUGGGGAAGCAGGCUCCCUGCUGAGCAGAGAGCCCGAUGGGGGCUUGAUCCCAGCACCCUGAGACCAUGACCUGAGCCGAAGGCAGAAGCUUAACCCACUGAGCCACGCAGGGGCCCCAGCCGGCCUGUUUUUUAAGGGAAAGGUAGGUUCUGCGUUUUUUCUUUUUAGGUGUUGGGCAGCACGAACAGCCAGAGCAACCAUGAGUGUCUUCAGCUAGCCCACCGUGGACGUGGCGGGCCUCUGCGUGGCUCCCGUGAAGGAUCACGAAUACACCUUUAUGUUCAGAUGCUUCUUCCCCUGGGGUGGACGUGAGCCGUUCAGUGAGACCACGGAGUGUCUAACCUUUCUCCUCACGGCUGUCCGUUUUAAAAACGUCUAGAAGGCCUGACUCAGUGGUUCCCAUUUCCCUUACUCGUGUGCGCGUCAGCCGGUAGCUGCAGGCAGAGUCAGCUGUGUCUCGGGUCUCCUAGUAAACUUGGAGCUGCUCUUUCUUGAAGCUAAAAAGGCUUCUGGAGUUAAGAGCUUCCCGUCCGCUCACCUGACGCCUGCUAUUUAAAAUGAUCACGGAGCCCGUGAAACCCGACUCUCCUUGCGUUGAGUCCAGUUUGCUGACUCUGGAGUUGCUCCUGACGGUCCUAUAGCGUCUCUAUCCUGAUGACAGUGGGGUUUUUCCGAAGAUGGGGAGCUCGGCUCCAAGGCGCUGACGAGACCGGUCAGCGGAGUCCAUAGACGGGAUGAAGCCUCCCAGCUGCCCGUGUCCUCUGUUUUAGAGCCGGGCUCUUCCUGAAAACUGGCGGGAAACCGAUCAGUUUAACGGGGCAAUGGCUAUAGAAACGUCCCGUAAAGAAGUUAGUCCUUUUGUUGUCGGACCUCCAACCUCUGUAUCUGGUUAGGUGAUUCAGCUUUUCUUACCUUGCGUUUUUUUUUUUAUAAUUACACCUGGUGCGGGGGGUCCUAACAUGUACACGGAGCAUUAUAUGAUUUUCCAACUUAGGGGCGCCCUUCCUUCCAGGCUUGCCCACAGUUGAAAGGGAAGAGGACAGUCUCCUGCCGGCAGAAAGGUACAGGCCAUCUGGGCGAGACGCUGUCGGCGGGUUGGGGGGGCGGGCGUGGCAGAACUCUAAAUCCUGUUAUUUCCGCAGCCAAAACGUGCUCGCCUCACCAUGAACUCCUGUCGCUGUCACGGAAAGGUCCUGUCAGGCGGCCGGACUGGAGGGUGUAGGAGGCGGCAAUGGCUUGGAGGCACUUCCUGCUUUCUCCGUUUCACAUUUGCCAAACAGGCUGCUGGGGGCUCGGGUAGAUUAUUUUUGGUACGAAUUCAAAAUUAAAAGCAAAAAUGCAUUAUUGGGUCUUUUUAAAGACUUUGACUCAGAUUUGUACUUCAUGAAAGGAGCCUGAAUAUUAAACCUGUUUCUACAGAAAUGAGACUGUAGAGAAAACUAAGUGUGUGUUGUGUAUAGUGAUAUUUUAUGUUCACCCAAUACCUGUGCUAAUCUUUGAAUUACAUGUAUGUUUACAUAGGACAUUUUUUUAAAUAAAAAGAACAGGCAUCUGAAAACUUAA